AUGAAUAAUUUACCUUAAUAGAAUUAAAAGUCAAUUCCAAAUUAAAACAAUAACCAAUUUCAGCAAUUCCAGAAUCAAAACCCUCAGCAAUUCCAGAAUCAAAACUUUCAGCAAUUCCAGAAUCAAAACUUUCAGCAAUUUCAAAAUUAAAACUUUCAGCAAGUUUAAAACUUUCAGCAAAUUCCAAAUCAAAUUCCAAUUAUAAAACCUCAGCAACUUCCAAAUUAAAACCCACAAACCUUUUAACAACAAAUAAACUAACCUGUAAAUUAAUUUAUCUAAAUCAAUAAAAAUUAACUUCCAGCUCCCAUAGGUGUUUAAAUUUAGCCUCCAUCCUCUGGAAUGCAAUAAAUGUAGUCAGGAUCAUAACCAUAAGGAAAUACUAUUUAAUAGAAUUUAUAGAAUUAAUAGAAUUUAUAGAAUUAAUAGAAUUUUUAAAAACCAGCAUUGGUUUAAGCUUAAGUCUAAAAAAUUCCAAACCAAAAUAUUGAUCAAUAGUUGAAUAAUAAUAAUUAAACAUUUUAACCCAAUAAUUAAAACUUUUUAAAUUUCUAAUAAUUAAAUUUCUAAUAAAAUACUCAAAAACAAUUACCAAAUCAGAAUCUGAAUUUCAAUAAUAAUUAACCAUUUAUUUAAACAGGUUAAAAUCAAAAUAACCAUAUAUUUUAAAAUUAGAAUCCUUAAGUGCCGUCACCUUUACUACAGAAAAAUUAAGAUUUAUAAGGCAAUAGUUCAAUGCCUUCUAAUGCCCCAAAUAUUAUGAUCCCUCCUAUUUAAUAACCUGUAAAAUAGUUUUCUACUCAAAAAGUAUAAGAAAAUUCAUAUUAUUUAGUAGUAUCAGCCUGUCAUAGUAAGAAAUGAAGAUGAUAAAAAACAAUUAGUGAAGAAUUUAAAUGAAUACCUUAGUAAAGGAGAAUCAGAUUUUGCAAUAGAAUGUCUAAAGUAGAUCUUAGAGAAUGAUAUUAGAGUAAAGCUUCCAGAAAAUUUCAACAAUAAUAAAUGAU